AGUCUCAAGGUCAUAAUGUCGCAGCCUUUUGCUCCUCUGCCGUACAGAACAGAUCAUCGUAAGAGAUGUCUUGCUACAUUAUCACUCAUUUGUGAUGAUGAAUCUUUAUCAGAUGCACAAAUAAAGGCUUAUCAAACACGCCUACAAGAAUACCGCACAUUUUUGGAUGCAGUCAGUCGCCUUGCGCUUUGUAGCAAUGUAUGCGUGACAGAAGAGGCUGUCACAAUAGGAGAGCAUGGUUUACUAACUGGAGAGUCCUUAAACGCACUUCAACAUGCCGGGGCGAUAUCUGUGUAUAAUACGCUGCAGCAAAAUAAUUGGGAAUUUCCUAUUUCUGAAGAGGGUGAAGUAGCCAUAGUUAAGGCUCAUGUUCCUAUUCCUGAUGAGUUUUUAGAUUCUGAAAAACCUAUUCGUUCUGACUGGCCCGCAGUUCAUAUUUCAGAAUGCUUUGUUGAAGGUGAACGAGCAAAACUCCACGGUUCUGUCCGGCCACUACGAACUUUCUUACCGCCUACUAUUGUUUUUCGUAAUGCUGCAGAUGUAGAUGAAGAUGCUCCAGAACCAGAAGUCAAUAUCAUAAAUUCUGGUCCAGAAGGAAGCAUUGAAAUAGUUCAAUCAUUUAAGGGUUUAUCAGUUAAAAAGCCAUGUAAAGAUGGUAAAGGAGUUAAGUACAUUCCAAUCGACGAGUAUUAUUUUGGGCGCCAAGAUGGAAAUGCUGAUUAUGUGGAAGAAAAAGGUGAUUUCAGAUUUAAAUGUGCGGUUUGUCAACGGAUUUUCUACUCAAAUACGAAAUUAAUGUCUCAUAUUCUUGGUCAUGUUGAUGAGGCUUCACAAGCUUGCCUAGAUACUGCAGAUACUACACAAUGUUCCGUUUGUAAUCAAAUGUUCUCUUGUGCUUUUGAUCUAAGAGAUCACAUUGAAAAAGAGCAUACUGUUCCACCUUCUGAUUCAAAUUUGGUAGAUGAUGAAGCAAAAACGAACCCCCUUGUUCAAAUUACCUCCCAGCUACUAACUCAACAACGAAUAGGAGAUGGUCAUGAUGAUCCUGUCAGUAAUUUUGACCAUAUGGAGAUUUUAGCACCAAACUUUAAUGGUAUCACAAAUACACCAAGUUGCCGCAUUUGUGGGAAAGUUUCUGCCAGCAAAUUACUAUUAGCACAUCACCUUCAGUCCACUCAUCGUCAACGUGAAAUGCCUUAUGUUUGUCGCCUAUGCUUGUUUCGAUCAUCUAUGUAUGAAGACAUACUGGAUCACUUCAAAAAGAUGCAUGAUAGCUCAAACCAUUUACUUUGCACCUAUUGUCUUCGUAUAUUUACCCCUUCGGAUGCGCGUUCGAACGCUCAACCAGUUUGUCUGUCAGCUUCUGGUGGGAUAAGUACUGUAGGCCUAGGUUUAGGUGUUGGUCAGACGCAAGUUUAUCUUCAACAUUUACGUCUGCAUCAAAUCAAACACCAACUUCGUCGAUGUCCAACGUGCCGUUUAAAUUUCACUAAUAAAUCAGACUACCAAGUACAUCGACGCCUAGAUCAUAAAGCCACAAGAGACCUAGGUACUGAGAAGCCAGAUCUUCGUCAAGAUUCAUAUGAGCUAGAAUGUUAUCAAACAAAACAGCAUACGACCCAGGCUACUGAGAACUUCGGCGACCACAACACAUCCAUAGAUUCGAUUCGUAUAGUUCGACCACAUGUAACAUCAAUGAAUGCUCCGGAGGCUGGUUGUGCAAAAAACUUAGCUAUAAACUUCUUACCUGAGAAUAUUGAGAGUUUGGAAUGUCUGGAAUGUGGAAAACGUAUGGGUGAUUCUGAACAUGCGCAAUAUUUACCGUGUUCCGUGUGCAGAUUUGCAACAUGCUGUAGUGUUGGCUUUCAGCGUCAUUUUCAAAAACUUCAUGUCUAUUCGAAUGCUUCUCAAUCAACAGAUCUUGAUUGUGGUAUGCCAAUGGUUCGUCAGAUCUUUUUCGACUGGUGCAAUGAAUACAAUCUUCCAUGUAACGACAAUGCGUCAUCGGGACUAGCGACUGUUUCAGGUGAUCGACAAGAUCUUGUCGUAAAUGAGAUUACGGAUUUGACACCUAGUGACAUGGGAAAUUUUACAACAAUUGUCUUCACUGACGAAAUGGGCAAUGUUGUGAAUGUACCAGAAACUGAGAAGCAAAGUUUAACAAAGCAGCCUAACCCGAAUGACUCUAUAAGAAGAUAUAUGGAAAGUCAAGUCGACUCACGACUUCUAUACUGUUCACACUGUGGAACAAGUAACCUAGAUGGCAAUAGUCUUGCACGACACCUUGUUGAAGAAUGUGGAACACUAACUGCAACGCUGCGUCCAGACAUGUCAAUAUCAUUUGCACAGACAGAAGCUAGACAAAGUGAAGCUUCUGAAAAACAUCAAGAGUCGGAUCGAAAUGAAGUAGGUUGAUACCUUAUCGUCUUUUAAGCUUUAUACGAAUUUAGAUUACUAAAAAUCACAAAUGAAGUCUUAGCCGAGUAGAAAUGCAAAAAAGAUCUUGACUAUUUAGGUAUGAAUUCUUAAUCAGCGGCAUGUUUCAUGAGUGUUCUUUUUUUGUGACCUUCAACUAUGAUACUGACACACAAACUUCUUAUAUGCGAACCUAAAACUGAACCGAGGCAUAGUAUAUAUAUAAAAGCAAUGGCCAAUUUCUGAUUGGCACAGUUUAGUUCAUCAACCUGUUCGGCACACUUAGAAAAUUGAGCUCUAGUUACAUAUUGUUCUCAAUUCUUUACGGUUCCCAACUUGUUUUACUUUCUGAUACUCCUCUCUAUAUUCACCAUGGUCACUCUUUGCAACCUACAACCCCGUUUAACUUGUUAAUUAUUAAAAAGUAUUUUUGUUUAUACUAAAACAUGACAAAAAAUAAAAAAAUGCCCGGUUCGGAAUACAUUCGCACUAGCGGUAGUUGAUUAAAAUAUAUGAUCAGUUUGAAUUGUAGGGUAAAGAAGCUCAUUAACACAUCAGCGACAGUCCACCCGCAAGAGAUUAAUGUGCCAUGUAAGGCAAGAUUGGUUAUAUUCUGGAUUAAGAUACAGGUACGAUAAGGGUUUCGUAAGUAAAUUAUACAUCCAGUCAAGUUCACUGUCCUCACAUUUUUGUUCGGCUUAACCUAGACACUUCUAUUUGUUCAUUUGAAUUAUAGGCAUGACUUUCUGAAUGUUUCCAGUGAAGCCCCAUUUCCCUUCCUCCAUAUAAUAGAUUAAUGAAGUUCCAAUGGGAUUGUGACUCAGUCGAAUCACAUAAUAAAAUGCAAAACGAUUCAUCUAACAUGACAAGGUAGUAAUGAAAAAUGAUUCCGGUGCAUUCGGUACUGUAAUUUGUUGGCGCGUAUGUGAUUACAAAGAUCGCACUUCCCACAUUCACAACUAUUAGUGGGAAUGUAGUCAAAUACAUCGGCCCUAGUAGAAUCACACUGACGUCAAAUAACAAGUUUACAUGGUUUCUGGAUGUAUAUGGGACAUACUUUUCAAACCUACAUUCAGAGAACAAUUAUGAAUUCCCAAGGUGUGGUAAACAUCAACAAAGUAUCUUUCUAAAAACAACUAGACAUGUCCGUCUGACCUACGUUCAAUUGGCAUGUGUAAUAUCACAGUGCUGCUUAAUAUAUCACAUUCAGUUAUAAAUUUCUGAACGCAAUCAUUUAGCAUCUUAGUGAAGUCAAGAUGAGCCGCUGAAGUAUACAAUCGGGUUUAAAAACGUAAAUUGUAAGGACUAGUGUAUGAGAAAAGCAGUCCAUAAUCGUCCUUUUCUUGCUUAGUACGCUUCUAUCUUUAGCUGUUUCUGAUAACGUCCCAAGUUUAUGGUGAAGCCGUUGCCCCACAUAGACCAAAUUAACUCAAUAUUUCAAGAUUCACCGAGUUCGGUUGCAAGUGGUAUGAGGUGAUCUAGUUUUCCACUUUAAAUAUCCCACUACUUCUUAAUGGUCUAUAUAUAGCUAUCUGUUGUGCCCCGAUAAACAUAAUGAAUAACUUUGGGGAUCAAUUUAUGGGCCAAUACUAUGCAUAUAAUUUUGUCGUAUAAUUGUUAGGUAACUAAACUAUUCAUCCCCCUCUUUAUUUUGACCUAUGAACUAUUAUUAUACAAUUAACCAUUCUUGAAUCAUGCCCUAUCUAUUAAUUACUACCUCGCGCGCUCACAGCUACAUUUGGCUAAUUCUUGUACAAAUGUUGUUUUCUAUUUUAUGGUACGAUGUGGUCUGUCUGGUUGGUAUAUAAACCUAGUAUGUUUGAAAUAAACGAUUCAUGUCGCAGAGGCUGAGAUUUGUGUUCUGAAUUUAACUAGCUAGUCAAGGCAUGAAGCAGGACCGAUAAGUACUCUAGACUGCUCACACGGGUUUUAGGCGUCAUUGGUCCGAUCGAUAAUUCACUGCUCUCUAAUUGGCAGUAUCGUUACGUUAUACAUGAACAGGGCACACAAGUAACAUGUUAAAACAGUAUCAAUCUAGCGAAAUAUUAUUUCACGCUAACUCGUAAUUUAUAUUUCAUUUCAGAGUGAUAACCCAUAUGGAACUACAGAUCAGAUUAUCAUGAUUAGUGAACCUUCCUUAUUGUCUACAUCAACUACCAAUAUUUCCGAUAAUGAUGUGGUUAUGAUGACCGUUGAUACAGACCAGGCACAGUCUAUGCGACUUAUUGAGUCACAAGAAGAUCAAACAGCCAUGCUCAGCGGAACUCAGAUUACAACUCAAAGCGAUGGAACAACCACCAUUGAUGUAACUGAUGAAGGUGGUGAAGUGGUACAACAAUUUAUACUUCCUGAUGAUCUUCAACUUGAAGAAGGUCAGACAUUAGUAAUGAUUCAAGGUGAAAAUGGUCAACCUCAACUAGCAAUUGUAAAUCAAGCUGACUUAAUAAACGAUAAUAAUUCAGAAAUAUUAGUACAGACUGAGAAUGGUGAAGCUAAUGAUAUCCUGAUUUACACUAAUGGCUUAGAAACUCAAGUUGAAAGUUCAGAAUUAAACAGAGGAGAAGAAGAAAAAGAAAAUCAACAAUUCAUUGUAUAAUAUUUAUUAUUUCAUCUGUGUUUAUAUCAAUAAAUCUUUAUAAAUAAAUUUAUGUUUAC